AUGCAAAAUAUGCUGACCAUCAUUUCCAACGUGUUGAGGGGCAACGUCAGCAAAAAUGGGUCUCAGGCUGUUUCAGAGGGAGCCAGAGUGGUCGUGUCGACACGCAGCUACGCUGACUUCACCCCCCAAGCCACCUUCGACAUCAAGAGCUGUGAGAUACACCGUCUGGAGAUGGGCCCACCGGUCCAGGCGGUUCUGACCCGCGAGGAGGGGCUGCGAUACUACCGCUCCAUGCAGACCAUGAGGAGGAUGGAGCUGAAGGCCGACCAGCUGUACAAGCAGAAGAUCAUCAGAGGCUUCUGCCACCUGUACGACGGGCAGGAAGCGUGUGCAGUUGGGAUCGAGGCGGGAAUCAACCCCACAGAUCACCUGAUCACCGCGUACCGCUCCCACGGCUACACCUUCACCCGCGGCAUACCUGUGAAGGAGAUCCUGGCUGAGCUCACAGGUCGGAGGGGGGGCGUGGCCAAGGGGAAGGGUGGGUCCAUGCACAUGUAUGCUAAGCACUUCUACGGAGGGAACGGCAUUGUGGGAGCUCAGGUUCCCCUGGGGGCGGGCGUGGCUCUGGCCUGUCAGUACCAAGGGAAUAAUGAAGUGUGUGUCACCCUCUACGGAGAUGGAGCCGCAAACCAGGGCCAGAUAUUCGAGUCGUACAACAUGGCGUCGCUAUGGAAACUGCCCUGCAUCUUCGUCUGUGAGAACAACAAGUACGGCAUGGGGACAUCAGUGGAGCGCGCCUCCGCCAGCACCGAGUACUACAAGCGCGGAGACUUCAUCCCCGGGUUCAGGGUGGACGGGAUGGACAUCCUGUGUGUGAGGGAGGCCACCCGAUUCGCUGCGGACCACUGCAGGGCAGGGAAGGGCCCCAUUCUUAUGGAACUGCAGACGUACCGUUACCAUGGACACAGCAUGAGUGACCCUGGGGUCAGUUACCGCACGCGUGAGGAGAUUCAGGAGGUGCGUAGUAAGAGUGACCCCAUCUCCAUGCUGAAGGACCGUAUGCUGAGUACCAACAUGGCCAGCGUGGAGGAGCUGAAGGAGAUUGACGUGGAGAUCAGGAAGGAGAUCGAGGAGGCGGCUCAGUUUGCCACCAGUGACCCCGAGCCCCCGCUGGACGAGCUCUGCAACCACAUCUUCUACAACGACCCUCCCAUGGAGGUGCGCGGCACCAACCCCUGGAUGAAGCUGAAAUCCGUCAGCUGAGCGGCCCUACCACACCCCGCUGUACACCCCAGAACUGCACACACCCCACCACACGCCUAAAACAUUCCACCCCACACCCCCCCCAGCACAGACACACUGACACGUCCCAGUGAUGCUGUAUUAGAGGUCAUUAGAGGUCACAGUCCAGUGAUUAUGUUAGGGAUCAUCAGAGGUCACAUCUCAGUGAUUCUGUUAGGGAUCAUCAGAGGUCACAUCUCAGUGACGCUGGUAGAGGUCAUCAGAGGUCAGCCAGUGUUAGCAGCCCAGGCAGGGUCCUGAGAAUGUGUUUCUGUUUUAUUUCUGUUUGCUUAGUUUUACUUCUAUUGGGUUUUCUAGUAUAGUUAACCUACAUUAACUACACUGAAUCAUAUUACCAGUACUGAGGGAUGAGUGGUGAUGGGUUUGUGUGUGAUGUGUUGGAGAAAGAUUGCUGUGUGUGUGUAUGUUAGGGUGUGGUUCAGGUGGAGGAGUAUUAGCUGUAGUUCGACCCCACAGAGCUGUAAACCUGUGUAUGUGGACCAAGCGACAGGACAGUGUGAGCUGAAACAGAGCAGUGUAGAAUCUCUCUCUCUCCUGCUCCCUCUGCCCACCCCUCUCUCCUGAUGGUGAGUUCUGCUGUGUCUUUAAGAGAUGCUGUGGGAGAGUGCUCUCAUUCCAGCCAGCCAGAGCUCCGUCCCAGAGAAUUUCACCACUCCAUUUGUUGUAGGAGAAGCUGUCUGUGCUCGAGAGAAGGAAUAAAGA